AUGUCAUUAUUAUUGCGAUUCAUUCAGGAAGAAUGGAUUGAACAGUUUUCACCUUUCUGGUUCAUCACUUGCAUGGGAACGGGUAUCUCUGCCUCAAUUCUACAUAGCUUUCCAUAUCCGGCAAGGUGGUUGGUACGAUGCUCGUACAUUUUCUUUGCAAUUGUUAGCAUAUUGUUCAUUUUUUUACAGGUCAUCGCAGUUGUCCAAUUUAUCCUAUACUCUCAGCAUUCACACAAGAGGAAGAACUAUUAUUGGAAUACUUUCAAAAACAUUGAUAACAAUGUAUUUUGGGGUACUUAUGCCAUGGGACUCCAAACAAUCCUCAGCUAUAUCUUUAUGAUUGCAACAAGCGAUGAAGUUGUCAACACAAAACACGCAAAGCCCUUAAUGUAUGUGGUUUAUAUAUUAUGGUGGUACGAUAUUGCAAUUUCACUUGUUAUCGCAUGGGGUAUAACUUUUAUCAUCUGGAAAGACUACAAUCAUUAUUUUGGUGAGACUCCGGACAUCGAGAUGGUCGAUUCACCGGAAAACAAGGCUAUGAAAGAAGAUCUACAGACGUUUUUAUUGCUCCCUGUCAUCACGCUUGUUGUUGCGUGUUCAGCCAGCGGUACCUUCAUAAUGUCUGAUCUAUUUACAAGGACUUUCAAUCGGAAUAUUCAGUUAGUCACCUUGAUUAUUACUUUUUUGAUUUGGCUACACGCUAUUGUAUUUGUCGCUAUUAUACUUGGAAUAUAUGUCUGGAAUUUGUAUGUUAAUAAAUUACCAGAGGCGAAGAAAAUCUUCUCCUUGUUUCUUUGUCUCGGUCCCUUGGGUCAAGGUGCCUAUGGUAUAGUUUGGUUAACAACGGAUGUGAAAUUAUACAUCGAUCUCUACUAUCCCGUGGAUCCCAAUAUAGACUUAAACGGAUACAUCGCAAAGGUUGCUAUUGGAUGGUCUUUCCAGAUUUUUGGACUUAUUUUUUCCAUGUUAUUACUAGCAACCGGAUUCUUUUUCACCUUCUUGUGUGUGAUUGGAAUAUUGACGUAUUCAAGAUCACACACCAAAAUUUAUAGAUAUCAGAAAACAUGGUGGGGUAUGACUUUCCCCUUGGGAACCAUGGCCAUUGGUUGCAAAGAAUUGUACCUUCAAUUUAAUCCGUAUGUUCCAAUGUCAGCUUUCCGAGUUGUUAGUGUGAUUUAUUCAACUGCAUGCGUGCUCAUUACAACGACAUGUCUCAUCUGCACCAUCGUAACAGCGGUAAGAGAAUGGUCGAAAUUUUUCCGCAAAAACAGUCGUCCCAAACCAGCAGUAACUAAGGAAUGGGAUGAGCAUUCCACUCUGGACAACUCUUCAUCGGCAUAA